CGGCGUGGGUUUUGCGUGAUGACGUCACACGACAAGGCAGGAAGUGUUGAGUCGCUGUCAAGUCAGCUGACUGAGCAGCAGCAGUUAACUCCCGCAGCUCGUCGGUUAAAGAUGGCCUACCCGAAUUCGCACAACCCAUUUGAAGACGAUGACGACGAAGAAGACUUCAAUUCUCCCGGUAUGAGUGAAGAGGAGAGGAGACAGCGAUACCUCCAGCGGGAAGUGAUGCGUACAGCUCAAUCUGCCGUAGAUAGCAGCUACCGCUCUGUUGGCCUGAUCUAUGAAUCCGAGAAGAUGGGUGUGGAAACAGCAGAGGAACUGAUGCGUCAAGGAGAAGUUCUAAAAAGAACGGACAAAAUGUUGGACAACAUGGAGCAGGACCUGAAGACUAGCCAGAAGCACAUCAACAGUAUCAAGAGUGUUUGGGGGGGACUGGUCAGUUACUUCAAGGGAAAACCUGAGACUAAACCCCCACUGGAAAAGCCUAAGUCCUAUGAGGCCAAUGACAGAUUACAGAGUGCAUUGGCCACUAGUAAAGAGCAGGAAGACAAAUACCAAGCAAGUCAUCCCAACCUAAGAAAGUUGGAGACAGAAGGGUUUGGAGCCACAGCAUCAGAAAACGGAGGCUCAUCCAGACAGAAUGGACAUAAUCAGAACAAACACCUUCGGGAAGCACACCAGACGUUGGACAGAAACUUAGAUGAAAUGGCAGGUGGUUUGAGUAGGCUGAAGAAUCUUGGAUUGGGUCUCCAGUCUGAGAUUGACAGCCAGGACGAUUCCAUUGAUUCUUUGAUGAACAAGGUGGACAAGAUGGACAUGAAGAUCAACAACACAAACCAGCAGAUUAAGAAGCUCAAGUAGAACAAACUUCUUGGAGGUCUCACGGUGAUCUAAUGAGUAGUCAUCUCACUAACCUAUUCUUGAAUCUUUUUAAAAAUGUUAUAUUCCUUUUAAAAUGUGUUCGCUUUUCACCACUUGCACCUGUAUUUCUUGGCACCAUAUUUGACCCAAUGUUUCUCUUCUAUAAUACAUUGUGAGACCAACAUGUGUACAAAAGCACAUUGCCUUACUGCUUUGUACAUAGGUUUUAUAAAGCAUUUUGAGUCUCAAAA